AUAAAUCUCCCCCAAUAAGUGUUUUCUCCAACUCCACUACACACGUUUUAUUUGCAUGUCCAUCCAUGACCUGUUGUUCUUCAGUGGUUGCUUAGUUUAUCUCUUGUACAUGAGUAAGACAAUUUGGAAGGUCCAGCUGAAUAUUGGCUGAACAUCCCGGCUCCUGUCACAGAUAUCAUCUGGUCGUCCUGACUCCCACCCCUGGGCUAAUUUUGAAGGGGACGAAGAUGCUGCCCAGGGUUCUCAUACUCGUGAUACUGUUGGCUGUAGCCCUUCCUCAGGUUAAAGGAAAGACCACCAUAAAGCAGGAGGGGUACUGCUCUAUAUACGAUGAGUGCGGCAUUAAUCCCGAGGUGACCGGUAGUCUACUUGAUUCAAAGAUUCCUUGUGAAUCCAACACACCAGCCAGGAAACUAAGUGGGAUACAUCUUAAUUCUCUGAAAGAGACUUGCCCAAUGCUGUACAAUGGGAACGAUACAUAUGCCUGCUGUUCCUAUUCCCAACUACUAAGCAUUCAAAAAAGCUUUUCACUCUCUAAGGUCAUCCUGAGUCGAUGUCCAUCGUGUGCUGAAAACUUCAUCAAUAUUCAUUGCCAGAACACGUGCAGCCCGAAUCAGAGCACCUUCAUCAAUAUUGUCCGCACGACCCCUUAUAAUGACAGUGGGGAAAUCAAACAGGGAGCACUGGAGUAUGAGUGCUUUUACCAGAGAGACUUUGCUGACAGAUCCUUUGACUCUUGUAAGAAUGUUCGUUUGCCCUCCACCGGGGGGUUUGCAAUUUCUGCCAUGUGCGGCAAAUACGGAGCAGAGCUUUGCAACAGUCAGCGAUGGCUUGACUUUCAAGGGGACAUCAGCAAUGGGUUGGCGCCACUUAUCAUCGAUUUCAUAUUUACAGACAAUAACACUGAGGUUGUUGAAGGUAUUGUGCCACAUAAUAGCACAGUGUGGAGUUGUGCCGUUGGACCAGGAGGAGAUCCAGAAACUGCCUGCACUUGCCAGGAUUGUAGAGAAGCAUGCCCAAAAAUCCCUCAACCAGAGCCACUACCAGACCCUUUCAAGAUAGGGCCUAUAGAUGGGUACUUGAUAAUAAGCAUUGUCAUUUUUGGUAUUAUGAUGUUUUUCUUUAUUGUGUUUUUGGGUAUAAGAUGUGCAGCAAAUGGCUGCAGGAAAGGCGAUAAAAAAAUCAAAGAGCCCCCGCGUGUCCAACGUUCUGACCUGAGCUGCACAGAAAAAGUGAGCUACAUAACUAAUCGCUCAUUGGAGAGAGCUUUUCAAUGGUGGGGCACUCGAAUAGCUACGUACCCUAAGACAGUCAUUGGCAUCUCUCUUGUUGUAGUUGUCAUUCUUUCAGCGGGCAUGGUGCUAAUCAAGUUGACUACAGAUCCUGUGGAACUGUGGUCAGCACCAAACAGUAGAGCCAGACAGGAAAAGGACUUCCAUGAUGAAAAUUUUGGGCCAUUCUUCAGAACUAACCAGCUAAUCAUCACCGUCCAGAAUCGUCCUUCAUACUCUUAUGAUUCCCUCUUCUUUGGAAAACUGAAUUUUAGUGGAAUUCUUUCCCCGGAUCUCCUACUGGAACUUCUGGACCUUCAGGACAGGCUUCAAAACAUUGAAGUGUGGUCAGAGAAGCAUAAGGUGAAUGUCACCAUUAAGGAUGUUUGCUAUGCACCCCUGAAUCCCAAAAAUCCCUCAAAAACAGACUGUGCUGUGAAUAGCCUGAUGCAAUACUUCCAGAACAACAGAACCAGGUUCAACUUGGAGGUGACACAGACAGUGUCUGGAGAAACCGGCCGUGUGGGGUGGAGGGAUCAUUUCCUAUACUGCGUCAACUCGCCAUUGUCAUUUAAGGAUAUUACAGACCUGGAACUGAGCUGCAUGGCGGAUUAUGGUGCGCCUGUCUUCCCCUUCCUUGCUGUGGGAGGUUAUGGAGACACUAGUUUCUCAGAGUCAGAAGCUUUGAUUUUGACCAUCUCCCUGAACAAUUUUCCACGUACUGACCCCAAAUUUGACUAUGUUCUCGAAUGGGAGAAGAGAUUCCUGGAAAUUAUAGAAGAAUAUUUGAACGAUCCAGAAAGUAACUUAACCUUCUCCUAUAUGUCAGAAAGAUCCCUGGAGGAUGAGAUCAAUCGGACGACCACAGAAGACAUUCCCAUUUUUGCCAUUAGUUACCUGGUGAUAUUUCUGUAUAUUGCCCUUGCCCUGGGAGAGUACAGCAGCUGCCGGAGAGUGCUAGUUGACUCCAAAGUGACCCUUGGUCUGGGUGGAAUUCUGGUAGUCCUGGGGGCUGUUUUAGCAUCAAUGGGUUUCUUUUGCUACCUCGGGCUACCAUCCUCGCUCAUCAUUGUGGAAGUUGUGCCUUUCUUGGUUCUAGCAGUGGGAGCGGACAAUAUCUUUAUCUUUGUUCUGGAGCUUCAGAGAGAUGAACGUCGAGAGGGUGAACGAAGAGAGGAGCAUAUUGGAAGAGUACUAGGUGGUGUUGCCCCCAGCAUGCUACUUUGCAGCCUGUCAGAGUCACUUUGCUUUUUUCUGGGUGCCCUCACACAGAUGCCAGCUGUUCGGACCUUUGCCCUGAACGCAGCCCUUUCCAUCCUCUUUGACUUCCUCCUGCAGAUCUCCAUGUUUGUGGCCCUUGUGUCUUUGGAUGCUAAGCGUCAAGAGAACAAUAGAUUUGAUUUCUGUUGCUGUGUCAAGAGCAAGGCUGAAAAACCCAAGAAGAAAUCUAAAGGGUUGCUGGUCAGCUUCAUGAAGAAAGUCUACUGUCCCAUUCUACUGAAUCCAUUCAGCCGAGUGUUAGUGAUGGUGGUUUUCAUCUUCCUUUUCUGCUGUGGAAUCUAUUUCAUGAUGUAUUCUCAAGUAGGCCUAAAUCAGGAGCUGUCUGUACCUCUGGAUUCCCAUAUGAUUAAAUAUUUCAGGGAUCUCAACGAGUAUUUUGAGGUCGGUGUCCCUACGUACUUUGUGACCAAGUCUGGAUAUAACUUUACCUCAUUAGAUGGAAUAAAUGGUAUCUGCUCCAGCGCUGGCUGUGAUGGCAACUCAAUGACUCAGAAGAUACAGUACGCCACUGAUUAUCCUGAAAGAUCUUACUUGGCGGUCCCAGCGUCUUCCUGGGUUGACGAUUUCUUGGACUGGCUAAACCCGUCAUCAGAUUGCUGCCGACUACUUCUAUUCAAUGACACAUUCUGCCCCUCCACCAGCUCAGCCUCAUCCGGAUGCUUAAGGAAAUGUAUGAAAUCCACAAGUGGGGCCCUGAGACCGACAGUGCAAGAAUUUAACCGUUAUUUGCCCGAUUUCCUGGGAGACUAUCCUAACCUCAAAUGUCCGAAAGGGGGCCUGGGUGCUUAUGACAAUGCUGUUAAAUUCAAUGACGCAGGAGAAAUUAUAGCGACACGUUUUAUGGCAUAUCACACGCCUUUAAAGAACUCCCAGGAAUAUACGGGGGCACUGAAGUAUGCCCGAGAACUGGCAGCAGAUAUAACCAAGACACUGAGGAAUGUGCCAGGCACAGACCCUAAUUUCGAAGUCUUUCCUUACACGAUCACAUACGUCUUCUAUGAACAGUACCUCACCAUUGUACAAGAGGGUCUUUUCACUUUAGCCAUCUGUCUGUUACCAACCUUUGCUGUGUGCUGCAUCCUGCUGGGCAUGGACCUGCGCUCCGGCCUUCUUAACCUGCUCACCAUUGUCAUGAUUAUCAUAGACACAGUUGGCGUCAUGAGUCUGUGGGGUAUUGAUUAUAAUGCUAUUUCUCUCAUCAACCUGGUAACGGCCAUUGGGAUCUCAGUGGAAUUUGUCUCUCAUCUUACACGUUCGUUCGCCAUGAGCGGUAAACUCACCAAAGUCGCUCGGGCGAGAGAUGCUACUAUCUAUAUGGGCAGUGCUGUAUUUGCAGGAGUAGCAAUGACAAACCUUCCGGGAAUCAUUGUUUUAGCGUUUGCCAAGGCUCAGCUCAUUCAGAUCUUCUUCUUCCGCCUCAAUCUGACCAUAACUCUGCUGGGAAUGUUACAUGGCCUUGUCUUCCUUCCUGUCGCACUCAGCUACUUUGGUCCUGAGGUAAACCGGGCGGUGUUACUGCAGUAUCAGGAGAAAGAAGAGAAAGCAAAUGAGCACAGAAGACAAGUUAGCGUUAAUGUAUAUGAUGACAUCACACUCCAGGAAGAUGGAAAAGGCAAAAAGGAGGAGAACGGCACUCACACCUACAGUAACAUGGCCUUCCAGGCAGAUGAGAAAGACACAAAAAAUAUAGAAAAUUUUACAAAGGAGAAGUCUUAAGCACGCACUUUAUGUGCAUCACUAGUGCUUUGCAUUACCUCAUGAACUAUUUCAGGAUCCAGCCACUUCUGCAAUACGUGACGUGCAGGGAGUGUAGUGAUGUCAUACCGGACCUCACACUAAAUCUGACUCUAUUCACAUAGAAGUGCAAUGAUCUGACGGACAUUUUGUAAACUAAUAUCCAAAGGUGUAAUCUUCUGGGUCCUAAUACAAAAUCCCCAAAUAUCACACCUAUUUUACAGUACCGGUCUUCUCAUAUGGGGCGGAGAGACCUUAGGGGCCUCCUCAGGGCCCGGGUAUGACUGCAUCCUCUGCACCCUCCAUAGUUACACCUCUGCUAGUAGGACUGUUCAUUGUCAUUAUCUUGACAAAUAUUG